AUGACUAAAAAACGCACUCAAUAUCUUUAUAAAUUCACUGGCACUAUUCAAAAAAAGUAUCCCCGCAAGAAUUCCGAGCAUACUCAGCAUUAUUAUCAGCUAAAAGUGAACUUGCCAGAAUAUUCCGCUCCUAAUAAACUCUUUGCUUUUAAAGGCAAAACUAAACUCGCGGGGAGUUAUUAUUUAGUGGAUUGGGAGGAGGUGAAAG